AGGAGGUCGAAAACAUUUUUACCGCAAAGGCCAGAACUCAAGCGUUCUAUGAUGAACUCCUCUACUUCUAUCUUCACAUGGGUCUUCCCGAGGAUUCCGGCAUCGCUGAUAAGGAAACUGCAACAUCGUUUUUUCAACAAUUCGAGAUAACCGUUGAGGCGUCAAUUAUCGAUUCUAGCACGCUAUCGGCACCAGCACCAGCACCUGCCGUAUAUCGUUUACCUCCGGGAAAAUCACAUGGCGGUUCUACGGCAACCUCGCCGUCAGUACCUGGCACACCCUUACCACCACCUAUGGAUAAAAGACCAACAAAACCAUUAGACGGAACUAUCAUAUGUACAUAUGUAUACAAUCCAAGCUCAAAGGAUCGCAAGAUGGUCGUAGUUGAGCGAAAUGGGUCUUGGUCUUGCGUUGUUCCGCUUGCGAUCCCUGUAGUUGUAACUCAACUCCAAGCAGAGAACCAAAAAGACUUCUCUAACGAAUCGGACAUAUACUCGGUGGAAAAUUUCGGAAUGAUGAAUUUAUUGGAAGGUCUCAAUAGUG